AUGAAAUCUUCUGAUAAUAUUAAUGGUAACAGACAGUUAUUCAACUCGAAUUCUUCAGAUUCGAUUCGAGAUAUGUCAUCUGUUGGUUUGCAUAACACUCCAAAAGAUAAUCAAAAUAAAAUCACUCUACGAGAUGGUUUUAUUCAUUGUAUAAAGUGCGAUUUACCGAAUCCAAAAGAAGCAAAUUAUUGUUCCUAUUGUGGAUUAAACUUGAUGCCUCCUCCACGUUUUACUGGAUGGUUUCCAAUGAUUAAUGGAUCAAGUCACCAUGAAUUUGAUAUUGGCGGAAAUCAAUCUGAAAAGUCGGUUUCACAGCACAAUUACUUACAACCUGUAGUCGCAAAUGUUUCUACCCAAACUUAUGGGAUAUUUUAUCCAAGUUCAACAAACCUACGACGUCAAGAUCAGUUAGCUCAAAAUCGUUUGUCAGCUGAUGUUCAACUGAGAGACAGAAUACCUACACUUACUGCAAUAAGUCCCGGAAGAGGUUUUUGGCGAAAACAAUUAGACCAUAUAUUUGCACAUUUAAAAUUAUAUACAAAUAAUAAUUCAGAAUUUCGCGCUUCGAUUGGUCAACCUAGAUUUGGCAAACUUUUGUCUGCUGACCUUUGUGCACUGGCAUCCAAUCAGGCAAAAAUCACUUUAAUCUAUUCACUCCCGAAUGACAAAAACAAUACAUCUAUAACACUAAAUAGAACAGGUCCAAGUAAAAUUCCAUUGGAUUUAGAUUACUGUGAUAAUCAUGAUAGUGACGUGAUUCCUCACUUCAAUAAAUACUCUAAUCAAACUAUACCAAACUCUGGUGAUUUCAGAAAUGAUAAACAUGAAAAUGAUUUAGAUCAGAAAUCAAUUGACAGUAAAUCAUAUAAUAAAGAGUCUAUCAAUUUGUUUCCAACAACGGAUGAUCAUUGUGAAUCGUUUCGACCGAUCCCAAAUCAACGAAGUGUAUAUAGUAAGAAUAGUAACCGAUCGUCUUCUAGAUCUCCACAUAAAGAGGACGAUCAUCAAAAUAAAACAAAACUAAGUCAAUUGAAUGGGAAGAUUUCCAUAAAAACAAAAUCAAAUGAUAAAUCACUGAGUAUACAAUCUAAUCCUAACUUACAAUAUGGUGAAGUUGGUGUUGCUCUACUACGAAAUUCCAAAUUAUCGACUUCAGAUCUUAAUUUGUUUUACACGCUAAGUCAACCAAAAUUAGAUAUUCAUGAAGUUAAACGUCUUCUUAAUGAAGGUGCAAAUCCAAAUUGCAUUAAUGCUGCUAAAGAAACACCAUUGAUUUGUGCUGUACGUCAUGGCUUCGUUGAAGCGAUAUCUGUACUAAAAGAAAAUGGUGCACAGGUUAAUGCUACCGGAACAUCAUUAGGCAACACUGCAUUACAUGAAGCAGUUCUGCGUGGCAUUGACGGAUUAGAAUUGGCAAAAGAGUUAUUAAGAUGUGGUGCAAAUAUGAAAAUAGAAAAUAAUCGUAAAGAAACACCACAUUCGCUAGCGUUGCAUUCGAAUUGUGAACCGUUAAUACGGCUGUUCGCUUUACAUUUAGGUCAGAAACAAUUGAAAGAACUCACUGAUUGA